AUGGGUGUGCUCAAUGGAGUCCCUCGCUCUGCAAUUCACUUUUCCACAAUGUACUUCCAGUACUGCGGUAUCCCAGAUUGGUGGGCUUCCUUUAUCGUAUCCUCCAGCUGGAUUGCAGCAAUGGUCGUGGCGCCUGUUAUCGGGUAUACAGGUGAUAUUGUACAUUCUCGGUUCCCUAACCACGGCCGACAGUGCCUGGCGCAGGUGUGCAUAGUGGCGCGGUGCGUCCUCAUGACUGUCAUGCUGGCAUGCGUCCCGAGAGAAGCGAAGUCGCUGUGGAUAUUUGUCGUAAUGGCCAUCUUGAUUGGCUUUUUGGCCGGCUGGCCUGGUGUCGGUGUCAAUCGUCCUAUUCUUACCGAAAUAGUUAAUCCAGAGCACCGUGCCACGACAUUUGCAAUGGUUUCUUGCCUUGAGGGCGUCGGAGCCGCUGCAUUGGGAGCCCCCAUGGUUGGUUUUCUGUGCGAAAAUGUGUUUGGCUACGUCAAGGUGAUGCCGCCGGCGCCUCUCAGCACUCAGUCUCAGGCACUACAACUCGGCAACGCCCGCGCGAUAGCUUUGUCUAUGCUAUGCAUGACUGUGGGGCCCUGGUUGCUCACUGUGGUGGCCUACGGAUUCCUCCACCUGACUUACAAGGUCGACAGUCGCCACGGCUCGGACUUUGCAGCAAGAGGUGACGAUUCACCUUCUCCCAUGUCACGUGAGGGCCAAGUUGACGAAACGCUCCCUUUGGUAGCCAAAUGA